GUCGUCACUAGCGGAGCAAUGUCGUUUCAAUCUUCUCUCUGUAGGAGGCUAUUUUAGACACGCACUGCUCUCUGCACCUCUACGCCAACUCAACAUUAAAUCUUGCUCUACUUACGGCGAAGAGCUAGUCGGUAUGUUGCGAGCUCUCUCGGAAACUCUACAGGUGGUAGAGAUGGUAGAUGCCGCCAUCUGGGGAGACCAUGACCCACAUCGAAACAUGUGGCCUGUUAUUUGCAGUCUCAGAGAUGAUCUGAAACUGCAGACACUCGUGUUGGACGAUGUCAGAGCUAUGAACAAGGGCUACGAAGACCCUCCUGGAGUUCUCGUAGCAAGGAGAAGAUUCUGGCAUGGACCACAGAAAAUUCGUUCACGACUCGAUGUUCUUGCCGACUUCGAGUGUGAUGGAUGGGAUUGUGAAAAUCUUCACGAUUGGUAUGAGGAAACUAUCGCUCACCUCGAGUUAGAGGUUCGGCAGCUGAAUCUGGAUUACUCGGCUUACGCACUCAACAUGAGCUACGAAGAGUACCAGGACCACAAGGCUAGCGAAGAAACAGACCUUCAGGGUCUUGAGUCCAAAUACUCGGAGUACAAAGCAAGAAGAGCACAGGCGAAGGAGGCAAUGACUAGAGUCGAGGCUUUGUGAUGUAUGAACCGAUGCUCAUCAACCUGGAAAUGGUGGCUGAUGUAGACCGCUGAGAUGAUGUAAGAAUAGGAGCUCCAAGUAUCUAGGUUGUUUUGUGAGGACACACAGUCUUCAUGCAGAUUAGAUAUGAAUUAGUCAGAAUCUCAAACUUUGUGACUUCUACCUUCACUCAUC